AGAGGACGGAGCCCGCAGGGAAGCUCAGGUAGGAGAGGGAGCGAGAAGGCUAGCCUGGUGGGGACAGGGGGGCCCUGCAGGAUCAAGAGUCAGAGUUAGGGUGCUUCCCCCCGCUGCACCCUCUUCUAGGGCAGCCAACUUCCUGCUGCUGCGCCGGCGACUUUCAGUUUCAUUUCCCCGGACCCUCUGCCUGAGCUGCCGUCGCCGCCGCCGCCUCCGCCGCGAUGCCCAAGUUCAGCUGCCGGAAGCUCCGGGAAACCGGCCAAGCCUUCGAGAAUUUCCUGCUCGCGGAGGGGCUGGACAAGGAGACGGAUCGCGAGUGCCUGCGGACCAUCUAUAACCAAAAGUUCAAGCCCAGCUUUGGGAAACCUGCCCCUGGCUUCUCCUCCAUGCUGUAUGGGAUGAAGAGUGCCAAUCUGGCCUAUGUCACCAAGAAGCGGGUCAGGUUCUUCAAACUGGACCGCUGGACCGACACGUCCGAUACCAGCACAUACCACCACAAAUCACUGUUUGCCAAGAUCUUCCAUGACAGCCCCUCCUUGACUCCUACUCUCCCCAGGGCUGAGUAUCUUCAAGGGAAACAUGGGGUGGACGUGGAAGUCCAGGGGCUCCAUGAGACCCAGGAUGGGCAGCUCCUGAUCCGCCUGGAUUUGAACCGCAAGGAGAUGCUGACCCUGAGGCUUCAGAAUGGAGGAACCCAGCCCGUCACCCUCACCCACGUCUUUCCACUCUCCCGGACCCCCCAGUUUAAAUUCUACAAAGGGGACCAAAAGCUGCCCUGUUCACUGGGCCCCGGUGAGUGCUAUGAGCUCCUCGUCCACUGUCAGACCAGCUUCGUGGGCUACUUCCCGGCCACGGUCAUCUGGGAGCUGCUGGGCCCCGAGGAGCCGGGCUCGGAAGGAGCUGGCACUUUCUACAUUGCCCGCUUCCUGGCUGCCGUCGCCCACAGUGCCCUGGCCGCACAGCUGAAGCCCACGGCGCCCUUCAAGCGGGCCCGGAUCACUGGAAACCCUCUCGUGACCGCCCGGGUUGAGGAAGGACAGAGACCUGACCGUGCGAAGGGCUAUGACCUGGAGCUAAGUUUGGUGCUGGGGACAUACCACCCGCCCUCGUGCCUCCGGCGUCUGCUCCCCACCCUUCUUCAGGGAAGAAGUAUCUUCACUGCCCCAAAGGAGAUUGCUGAGAUCAAGGCCCAGCUAGAGACAUCCCUGAAGUGCAGAAACUACCAGAGGAAAUUCCAGCUACUGCUGCACCUGGAAGAGCUGCAGAUGGAGCAUGACAUCCGGCACUAUGACCUGGAGUCGGUGCCCAUGAACUUGGACUCCGUCUCCCAGAACCCCAAGCUGCUCAUGUUGGAGGUUCCUGGGGUGGCCGAGAGCCGCCCCUCAGUGCUCCGGGGAGACCACCUGUUUGCCGUUUUGUGCUCCGAGACUCAGCAGAAGGACCCCAUCACCUACAAGGGCUUUGUGCACAGGGUGGAGUUGGACUGUGUCAAGCUGAGCUUUUCCCCGAGCCUCCUGGACCGCUUUGUGGAUGGGCUGACCUUCAAGGUGAGCUUCACCUUCAACCGCCAGCCCCUGCGGGUGCAGCAUCGUGCCUUGGAGCUGACGGGGCGCCACCUGCUGUGGCCCACACUCUUUCCUGAGGCCUCCCGUGGGAUCCCGCAGCUGCCCUCAGAUGUGACGUUCAAGCUGUAUGACCGGAGUCUGGAGUCAAACCCAGAGCAGUUCCAGGCCAUGAAGCAUAUUGUUAUGGGCACCACCCGUCCAGCCCCCUACAUCAUCUUUGGGCCUCCAGGCACCGGCAAGACUGUCACCUUGGUGGAAGCCAUCAAGCAGGUGGUGAAACACUUGCCCAACGCCCACGUCCUGGCCUGCGCUCCGUCCAACUCAGGAGCUGACCUCCUCUGUCAGCGGCUCCGCACCCACCUCCCCAGCUCCAUCUACCGGCUCCUGGCCCCCAGCAGGGACAUCCGCAUGGUGCCUGAGGACAUCAAGCCCUGCUGCAACUGGGACGCAACUAAGGGGGAGUUCGUGUUUCCUGCUAAGAAGAAGCUGCAGGAAUAUCGAGUCUUAAUCACCACCCUCAUCACUGCCAGCAGAUUGGUUUCGGCCCAGUUUCCCAUCGAUCAUUUCACACACAUCUUCAUCGAUGAGGCUGGCCACUGCAUGGAGCCCGAGAGUCUGGUGGCCAUAGCAGGGCUGAUGGAAGUCAAGGACUCGGGCGAUCCAGGAGCACAGCUGGUGCUGGCAGGAGACCCUCGGCAGCUGGGGCCUGUGCUGCGCUCCCCGCUGGCCCAGAAGCACGGGCUGGGGUACUCCCUGCUGGAGCGGCUGCUUACCUACAACGCCUUGUACAAGAAGGGCCCCGACGGCUAUAACCCCCAGUUCAUCACCAAGCUGCUGCGCAACUACAGGUCUCACCCCACCAUCCUGGACAUUCCUAACCAACUCUAUUAUGAGCGGGAGCUACAACCCUGUGCCAACCUUGUGGACCGGGAACGCUUCUGCCAGUGGGAGGGCCUGCCUCGCAAGGGCUUUCCCAUCAUCUUUCACGGUGUGAUGGGCAAGGAUGAGCGUGAGGGCAACAGCCCCUCCUUCUUCAACCCCGAAGAGGCUGCCACGGUGACUUCGUACCUGAAGCAGCUGCUUAUCUCCUCCUCCAAGAAGGGCAGAGGCCGCCUGAGCCCCCGAAAUGUGGGCGUCAUCUCUCCGUACCGGAAGCAGGUGGAAAAAAUCCGUAAUUGCAUCACCAGGCUGGACAAGCAGCUCCGGGGACUGGAUGACAUCAAGGACUUGAAGGUGGGCUCCGUGGAGGAGUUCCAAGGCCAAGAGCGCAGCGUCAUCAUCAUCUCCACGGUGCGGAGCAGCCAGAGCUUCGUGCAGCUGGAUCUGGACUUUAACCUGGGUUUCCUCAAGAACCCCAAGAGGUUCAACGUGGCUGUGACCCGGGCCAAGGCUCUGCUCAUCGUGGUGGGCAACCCGCUGCUCCUGGGCCAUGACUCCGACUGGAAGGCAUUCCUGGACUUCUGUAGAGACCAUGGGGGCUAUACCGGGUGCCCCUUCCCUGACCAAGUGGACCCGCAGCACGAACAGGACUUACUCAAAGGUCUGAGCAAGCUCAGCAUCUCUACCUCAGGGCCCGAAAGUCACGACUACCUCUCCCAGGAUCUGGAGGGUGAAGCCGACCUGCCCCUGCAAGUGGAGCCCGAGUGGAGAAAUGAGCACUGAAGAGAUGCAGCCGGCCUUCAGCCUUUGUGUACCAACUAGGCCUUAACCGCCCCUCACCCUGCCCCUCACCCAAACCCAGCCGAACUGCCCCUCCAAGGGACAGGAAGGCUGGGGGAGGGAGUUUACAACCCAAGCCCUUCCCCCGCUCCCCGGCAGGGAAGAAAGAUACAAGCUGCUAACAAUGUGGGGUAAGGGGGGGAAGAAAAACUGAAAAUUAAAUUUUGUUCUAUGCA